UCGUUGCCGCUCAUCACCACCGCUUUUCUAAUCGUCUCCCGUACUUUUGCACCAACUGGUGGGAAGCUUCACUUUAAUGCAGAUGAGCGGUGGUCCGUCGGUCCAGUUCUAGUUUUUUUUUGAUAUCAAGACUGUUUCUUUGAAUGAAUUGCUUAACUUCUUCGACUUGGGAAGAUUUGAUGAUCGUUUGGUAAUUUAUUUUGUUGGUGGAUUUGAUGUGUUUGGGCGAAUUUUUUGUGAAUUCUGUUGAUGGCAGUUUAGAUGUGAUUGGGUGGUUUGGACCAAUUUGAAAACUUGCUCUUUCGUUUUGUUUGGAUUGGGGUUCUAAUAUCACUGGAGACUGGAGCUUGGGUUUUUAGAGGGUUCUAGGGUUUCUGAUUUGAGUGCAAGAUAUCUUUUCCUCAGGGUUGUAUUUUGUGUUUUUUUUUUAAAUUGGAAAAGGAAUAAAAAGUAUAAAUUUGGAACUGUUAAUCAAAUACGAGGAAAAGAUUGGUUCUUUCCAUUUUCUUGGAAAGUUUGUUUUUCUUUGAGACUAAACUAUCAGAGAUAUGGAAAUUUUUUCUUUUCUUUAUAUUCCAUUGCAAUUCUUUGCACCCAAAGAGAAGGUUGGAUGUAACUUUCAACUGUUGUUUUUUCUUCAAAAAGUUAUUGAGUUAAAUCCAAUUUUUGGAAUGCAGGUCGUUCUAAUUAUAAAUGCGUUUGUAUGUUGCAGAGUUUUUGAUGUAACAUGGGGUAUGAUUCUGGAAGCACCUCCCAUGAUGGCCGGGAUGAAGAUGAUGAGGAUGAAUAUGAGGAGGCUGGUGGGGGUAACCGUCUUUUGGGAUUUAUGUUUGGAAAUGUUGACGGCUCUGGUGAUCUUGAUGUUGAUUACCUUGAUGAGGAUGCAAAGGAGCAUCUUGCUGCGCUGGCUGACAAGCUCGGGACAUCCCUUUCAGAUAUAGAUUUGUCAGUGAAAUCACCACAUUCUUCUGUUGAUGCUGCUGAACAAGAUUAUGAUGAAAAGGCUGAAGAUGCAGUUGAUUAUGAAGAUAUUGAAGAGCAGUAUGAGGGACCAGAGAUCCAAGCUGCCACCGAAGAGGACUAUUUGUUGCCAAAAAAGGACUACUUUCCUUCACAAUUUUCUGUGGCUAAUUUGGAGAACAAAACUUCUGUGUUUGAUGAUGAAAAUUAUGAUGACGAUGACGAUGACGAUGACGGUGACGGUGAUGGUGAUGGUGAUAAUGAAGAUACUGAAAAACAACAUGAGGUGGUGGAUAAUAAUGUUGGAUUUCAAACUAUUUCUUCAUCAG